GGUCGUAUGAUAUAAAAUUAAUUUAAAAUGUGCUGUUAGUUUCACGAAAGAACAUCAUCUCACUGUAAAAUUCUAUAUUAUGAUUUUAUUCCAUAGAUUUGGAAGUUAUUAGGAAAUAUUACAGAAUAACUGUAUAAUUUCGAUAAGUCUUCUAUUCUUCGACGAAAACGUGACAGAGCCUGAAACUUUCGUGUACAUUUUGUUCCUUUUUAUAAUAUUCGGCAAAAUUUUGACAAAGUAAAUUUGUGACCGAAAGGUCGCACGUAUCAAUGGAGAUAUAUACUUUUGACAAGAGUCUUCAAGAAAGACUGGUAGAAUUAACAGAGAUCUUAUCCAGCAGAGGAGAAAUCGUGCCAGCUUCCCAAAUUCAAGCAGAAUGGUGUUAUCAUGUGGAACUUGUAAUAGAACCUGUUGGUUGGCAGGCAUUGUGGAAAAUACCACGCUUAGUAUGCGAAGAUUUUCAGAUCCACUAUCCCACCAUAGUAGUAGUAGAAGUAGAGCAAGUUGAUUUUGCUGAUCUGUCUGCAUUAGUUAAAAUCACUGCUGUUCAAGAUGAAAUUCAUUUACCCGAGAAGUACGACGUACCUCUUGUGGAACUUUAUCCAACUCAUAGUCAAGCAAAUAAUGUAUUGGAUAUGGUGGGCACUUCCAACUGUAUCGAUCAACUAAGAUUCUUUUAUAAUUACUUAUGGAUGCCGUGGGACUUAGAUGACGAUGACAGUGCUGAUUGGGUGUCUGUACAUUUAGAGACAAGAAUUAGAUUGUUCUUUGACAUGAAAAGGGGUGUCGUUAGUAAAGAGACUAGUGAUGUUAUUAGGAGUUUGAUAAGGGAGGGCAGAGAAGUUCAGCAGAAAAUAUCAAGAUUGGAGGAUACUAUCUCUGAAGAGGAAGAGUCUCAUGAGGUAGUUGAUGGGGGAACAGCAUGUCAACUGAUGAAACUUCACUUUAGACUGCAACAAAUUAAGAGGGAGAUGGAAGUUCUGGAGAAUCCUGCGAUGAGAGAAAUCCUUGUGAAAAAUCGAACUACAUCCUUGAUUAAUGAAAAAAUACAAAGAAGUGAAAGUAAAGAAAGAUGCAUGGAAGGAUACUUUGUGUGGCUUGGUGGUACUCUGGAAGAAAUGAAGGAAGCUAUAAAUAAAGUCCAAGUCUAUUUGCCUGCAGAGUUAUAUUUUAAAAUAUCUGGAUCUUUACACGAGACUCUACAUGCUUGUGAUUCAGGGGACACAGUUGUUGUCGCGGAAGGAACCCAUUACAUUAAAAGUGCUGGGAAUCUGGAAGAAGGGGGUACCAUCAGGGGAGUUCAUAAUGUGGAACGCACUAUUCUUUCUGUGAAAGAUUCUGAAACUGCACCAUCAUUGCUGGACUUUUCUGGCAAUGAAGUAUUAUUAGAAGGUAUUACUGUAGAUGCAGGAGAUCUAAGAGCUGUUGUAAUAGUCAGAGCUGGAAUCACAAAGAUAGUUAAUUGUAAAAUAUGUGCUUCGAAUCAAAGUAUAGUCAAGUUGGGUGUUGUUGUUCUGCCCAAUGCAAAACUGAUUAUAGAAAAUACAGUUUUCGACGGCCUUGGAACUGCCCUAGUUAUUUAUAGUAACGGGGAAGUUCUUAUGAACAACUGUAGUUUUAAAAAUUGCGCAGAGGGCAUACAGUUGUAUGACAAUGUAAAACUGACAGCUAGAAAUUGCUAUCUGAGUCACUUUAAAGAAUACGCAAUGCGACUAGAGACACAAAAAUAUUUGCGCGGUUCGGACAACAAGUGUGGCGGCAAGGAAUUAUUAGUUGGUGUGUCUGAAGUUUCGUUGGACGAAUGUAAAUUCGAGGGCAACGGCAAAGGGGACAUUAUAUUGAAGCAUGGAAAGACAUUUGCUCUGACGAAACAAGAUGGAACCGCAAAUAUGGAAACUUAAAGUAAUUCAACGAAUUAAAUAUUUAGCAAUUUUAUAUUUUUAUUAACACGCAUGUAAUAAUGCUCCUAUGGAAACAUUAAAAUUUUGUAUUUUUUUUUAUACGAAA